CCAUAGACGGUCCGAGGAACGGGUUCGUAUUACCAACGGGGUAACCCCACGUGGUUUCAAGCCCGGGAAUGGGUCGAGGAGCCGACUCGAAGAUUGAGCUCGGCAUCGAGAAGGAUGUCAUGGUGGCAUCCCCCACACUUGACAAGAAGGGCAGCGAUGGAAUAAUCCUCAACCCCACGGCUAGCCUGCGAUCUGAGGAACACAGUGAAGGUAGCAAGCGAUAUUGUCUCUAUCUUGAUGCCAAUUCUUCUGGGUUUUACAUUCGAAUUCAAGAAUUGAGGAUUGAUGGUUUUACCUCAAUAGUUAUUCCUGAGGGUUCCAACAAAAGUGGUAUUAGGCUUUUUGUUGCUAAAUUAAGGCAAAUUGGUUCUUCCAUUAGAGACUCUUUUGUGAAUAUUGGAAAAUACAAUGGACAUCUUAAUGCUGUUCCAGGCUCUGAUUUGGGUCAGCUUUCGAACUCCAUUCUUUCUACCAAACCUCAGAUGGCUAUGGUUGAAUACACUGCUUCAACUGAACUAAACAGUGCGGUGUUUUUGAAGAUACAAACUAAGGAAAAGGAUUUGGAAGGGGUUGCAAAACAAAUCGUUGAUUCUAAACGAAUGGCGAUUGAGACCAACUCUCCAGAGUAUAAGGCUAAUUUUGCUAGGUUUACGAAGAUCGCUCAAGAAUGCAUGGAACCUUGCUCCAUAACCACCCGAAGGGAAGGGAAUCACGAGGCAAAAGCUACUGAACAAGUAGCUAUUUCUGAUUCUAGGGCUGCCAAAGACUGUAGUUCUGAGGCUGCAAAUCAGGUUUCAAACACACCAAAUGAAAAGAGUGUUGUACCUAACUCGAACAUUCUCAUUGGCAACAAAUUCCAGGCCUUGGAGGAUUCUAUACUCUUACAAAAUGAAGAAGAGAAGGAACUUCCAAGAACUUCUGCUCAACUAGCCAACGGAAAACUCAUCAAAGCUGUCAAUAUGGAAGUGGACUAUUGGAGACAAAAGGCCAACAACAGGUGGCUAGAUAAGGGUGACACAAACUCCAAACUCUUCCAAGCUUAUGCCAAGGGGAACAGAAAGAAACUUUCUAUCAAACACAUUAUUACCUCUGGAGGAAGAGGUAUCUCAUCCCCCAACGAAAUUAAAGAGGAGGCCAUUCAACACUAUAAGAAACUCUACACCUCCAACCACACCCCAUCCCACAGCAUUAUCACUAGCCUGAUUCCCAAGGUUAUCACAAAGGAGGACAAUAUGAUGCUGAGUGCAAUCCCAAACAUUAAUGAAGUAAAGAAGGUUGUGUGGGAGUUUAACGGGGACAGUGCAAGUGGACCGAACGGAUUCAAUGGAAAUUUCUUCAAAACCUGUUGGGAGACAAUUAAAAAUGAUGUGCUCAUUGCUUCCCAAGAUUUCUUCCUUGGCAAACCCAUCCCUUGUGCAUACGGAAGUACCUAUUUGACUCUCAUCCCCAAAACCUUGAACCCUAAGCGCUUUGAUGACUACCGUCCUAUUUCCCUCUCCACCUUCAUGAGCAAGAUCAACACCAAAAUUCUGUCCAACAGACUUAAUACCCUCCUCCACAAACUCAUCUCUCUUGAGCAGGCAGCUUUCCAGAAGGGGAGAUCCAUUGAUGAUCAUAUACUGGUGGCCCAAGAAGCUAUACACAUUAUUGACAAAAAGGUGUAUGGAGGCAACACUAUUGUCAAGAUUGAUAUGGCAAAAGCUUUUGAUAAAAUGGAAUGGAGCUUCAUUGAGGGGAUUCUUAAUUCCUUUGGAUUUUCUGAUUAGUCCAUCAACCUUUUGAUGGCCAAUCUCAAAGGAACAAACAUUAGCAUUCUCAUCAAUGGAGAACCAUGUGGAUUCUUUUUUUUUUGAUGAAAAUGUAAAUAGAAUAAAGAAGUAGAAUAUAC